AUGUUGAUUAACAGUAUUCUGAAACACGGAAAAAAAUCAUUGGCUUAUCAAAUUAUCUAUCGAGCCGUGAAAAAGAUUCAACAAAAGAUAGAAACAAAUCCACUAUCUGUUUUACGUCAAGCAAUACAUGGAGUAACUCCGGGUAUAGCAGUAAAAGCAAGACGUGUAGGUGGAUCGACUCAGCAAGUUCCCAUUGAAAUAAGAUCCACACAAGGAAAAGCACUUGUCAUUCGUUGGUUAUUAGCGACAUCCCGAAAACGUCCGGGUCAAAAUAUGGCUUUCAAAUUAAGUUCCGAAUUACUCAAGAACCCCUCAUCGUCAAAUCCACCACCAUCCAUCUUCAGCCACCCCUCAUCCUCGCUCCCUUGA